CAUCGGAGGAACAAGAGAGAUUCAGCGUAGAUUUUCUGUGUAUCAGGCGGAGUUCUCCGUUGCAGAUUUUAAAAUCAUAUCUCAAGAAGCGUCAUACCUUUCCCUGAUAACCAGUUCUUGCUCUAAUGGCGACACUGUCUCAUGCUCAGGCUGUGAAGUCCCUCAACAAUUCUGGUGGUCGCAGACGCUUUGUUUUCAAGACUUUCUCCCAGAGGGUAGGGGAAAUUGACAUCAAUGUCUUCCGAAGCCUCGAUAAAAUUAAACCUGAGCCCUCGAAGGGCUCCUCGUUUCUUCUGGAUUAUCUCAUUGAGUGGAGGGAAUUGAAUACUGCAGAGGACUUCAUUUCAUUUUACGAGGAAAUGAUGCCUUUAGUGCAGACAUUACCCUUAGUGCUGUUGCACAAGGAAUUGAUAUUCUCUAAACUUAUUUCCAGAUUACACAUGAAAGCAAGACUAUCACUUGAACCUAUUCUAAGAUUGUUGGCAGCUUUAUCUAGAGACCUACUUGAGGACUUUCUACCUUUUUUGCCUAGGGUUGUUGAUUCGUUGGUCUCUCUACUCAAAAAUGGUGCAGAUAGGGAGCCAGAGAUCGUUGAGCAGGUUUUUAUGUCUUGGUCAUAUAUUAUAAUGUAUUUGCAGAAAUAUCUCAUACGGGAGAUUGCAUAUAUGCUCAAGAUUACUGUCAAAUUAAGAUAUUACCCAAAGGAUUAUGUCCAAGAGUUUAUGGCGGAGGCUACAUCAUUCUUGCUGAGGAAUGCACCCAUUGAGCAGCUCAUAAAAGCACUUUGUAAUUUUGUAUGCAUAAGAAAUAGGUUAAUGUAUAUUUUCUGUUACUGGAUUGCAACAGGCAUCAGGAAAACCAUGUUUGAAGUUGUUAAGAAACCAUUGUCUCUGCGAAAGUCUGCAGUUGGUGCUUUGUUGUAUUAUACUAUGUUGGGAACCUCAUCAAGGUUUCAUUCAGGAGCAGAGAGAGUUCUAAGGUUAUUGGUGGACAAUUCUGUCUAUGAGAUUGGUGAUAGGUUUCCUGAAGGUUCAGACAGUAUUAUUGAAGUUAUGAUUCUUGCCUUUGAAAAAUUAUGUCAGGGGCUAGAAACUGAGCAGUUAACCCUGAUGUGGGAGUGCUUAUAUGAGGAAAUAAGUGACUGCGUGUCCCAGGAAAUGGGUGACUCUGUAACUAGUGGAUCGUUGGUGCAUCUAAGUCGUCUUUUGUCACUGCUUAUUUCUACUGUUCAAGUUAAUAGUGGGCGUGUUGUUUCUGAUUAUCAACAGAUGCUUAAACUGGUUGGGUCACUGGUGGACAAAUUUUUCUCACCUUCUAGUCAAAGAGGGGUUUAUUUGUCUGAAGUUGUUGAUAAGGUUCUGCUGCUAAUGCUAUGCAUUCUUGAUGGGCUCAAGAGUUCUAAUGAUGAUUCGGCCAUCACUGCAUGUUCAUUGCAAUGGGCUCCUGUAUUUGAGUUAAGGAACUCAAGUUUGUUGACUUUUAUAAGAGAACUAUUGCUGAAGGACCCUUGCAUAGUAUAUACAUUCAGAGUUCAUAUAUUAAGUGCCAUGAAUCACUUGAUAGAGUCAUCGGCAGAGGAGGUUAUAUUUCUGUUACUGUCUUUAUGUGAAAGAUUGCAAAUGAACUCUCAGAAUUCUGGCUUCUUAGAUGGGAUACCUGAAGGGAGACUUUCAAAGAUUUGUGAUAUGAUGCAAGGGGCUAUUCAAAACUGGAUCAGGAUUGUAAAAGAUACUGCUGUUGGGGAUACAUCAUGUACUCAACUUGAUAAGUCCAAGAUGGCUGUGUUGUGGGGAAUCAUCCGGUGCUAUCCUCACAUGUUAUACAUCCAAGAAGGUUCAUCUUUGCUGUUGGAUCUGGUAAAUGCACUUGAGCAGCUUCUGAUGAUUGAAGAUGAAACUAUUGCGGGUGUUAGCAAACACAGUUGGCAGAGCCUUGUUGGUGCAGCUUUAAGCUCCUAUAACAAAUUUCAUUAUGGUGAAAAAACUGAUUCUGUAGGAACAAGCAAAUUAUUGCAUCUUGCCAAGGCCUAUAAAUCAUCUCCGCAAGUAUUGUUAUCUGUAGCUGAUUACUUGGAUAAUUUGAAUGGGCCUGCCUUGCAAGUGGAUGGUGAGAAGAAAAUAUAUCAUGCUGAACUUAAAGCAGAAAAUGCUGUGGAUUCAUUAGGCAUAUUUGCAAAUAAUUUGUGCCACUCAGACAAGGGCAUUCGUAUUCCAACUUUAAGGGUUUUGUGCCAUUAUGAACCUCUAAGUUGGGAAAUCUCUUCAAAGGAUGAGCUAGUUGAUAAGAAACUGAAGACAGAAGUUUCUCAGGCUUGUAUUGUGGGUGGUGAAGGAGACAAUGUUCUUCAGCUCCUCCUUUUGAUCGAGACAACUCCACUUUCAGUGUCUACCAGCAGGAAAGUUAGCCUAUUGAUAUCUAAAAUUCAGAUGGGCCUCUCUUCUGGAAGGAUACCUGAAACAUAUAUUCCUCUUGUUUUGAAUGGGAUAAUUGGCAUCUUCUAUAACCGUUUUAGCUAUAUAUGGGAACCAGCAUGCGAGUGUCUUGCAGUUCUCACAAGCAAGUAUGUUGGACUUGUUUGGGAUAAACUUAUUGAUUAUUUUGAGGAAUGUCAAUCCCUUGUUCAGACAUGCUUUGCUCAACUUGACAGAGUUCAUCCUGACUUAUCUGACACAACUACUGAUCUGAUGGGGCAUUUUAAUUCUUUUGUUAAUCCUGCAUCUGAUAGAACACCAUGCACGACAGUCUUGUCCUUAUUGCUUCAAUCUUUACAAAAGGUUCCAUCUGUUGCUGAAUCUCGAUCCCGGCAAAUUGUACCUCUAUUCUUAAGAUUUUUGGGCUAUCAAACUGAUAAUCUUGUGAGUGUGGGAUUAUUUAAUCAUCGUACCUGUAGAGGAAAAGAAUGGAAGGGUGUCCUUAAAGAAUGGCUAAACUUGUUGAAACUGAUGCGGAACUCUAAAUCAUUUUAUCAAAGUCAAUUUCUAAAGGACAUUCUACAAAAUAGGCUUUUGGAUGAAAAUGAUGCUGAAAUACAGAUGAAGGUUCUUGAUUGCCUUCUAUUGUGGAAAGAUGACUUCUUGCUCCCUUACGAGCAGCAUCUAAAAAAUCUAAUCAUUUCAAAAAAUUUGAGAGAAGAAUUGACCACAUGGAGUUUAUCUAGAGAAACAGGUUUAAUUGAAGAUGGUCACAGGGCUAAUCUUGUGCCUGUUGUUCUUUGUCUCUUGAUGCCAAAAGUUAGGAAAUUAAAGACACUUGCUUCUCGAAAGAAUGCAAGUGUACAUCAUCGGAAGGCAGUUCUUGGUUUCAUAGCUCAGGUUGAUGUUCACGAACUCCCUCUUUUUUUCACAUUGUUGAUCAAACCCUUGCAAAUUGCAUCAAAUGGACCUGAUUAUAACAACAUGUUGUUUUGGGCCUGCCCGCAAAGUUCUAUUAAUGAAUUUCAAGCUGUUGAUUGUCUGAAAUAUUUUACCAUGGAAAAUAUAACUGCCCUGUCUUGGAAGAAGAGAUAUGCCUUUCUGCAUGUAAUUGAGGAUAUUCUUAAUGUUUUUGAUGAAAUGCAUGUCGGACCCUUUCUUGAUCUCUUAAUGGGAUGUGUUGUUCGGGUUUUGGUGAGCUGCUCUUCAAAUCUUGACAUUGCCAGGGGUGCUAAAUCUUAUCAAGAAGAAAAUUUUUCUAGUGUCAAGCUGACCUUAGAACAAGAUGUUAACAACACUGCAGAUCAUGUGCUGACAAGCACAGCGGUCAAGCAGUUCAAAGACUUGAGAUCUUUAAGUCUGAAAAUUGUCUCUCUUUUCCUCAACAAGUAUGAAAAUCAUGAUCUUGGUUGUGAAUUCUGGGACCUAUUUUUUGUGUCCGUGAAAGCUUUAAUUGAUGGUUUCAAGCAGGAGGGUUCUAGUAGUGAAAAGCCAAGUUCACUUUUCUCUUGCUUUCUGGCUAUGAGUAGAAGCCACAAGCUUGUAUCUUUGCUGUGUAGGGAAAGUAAUCUUCUUCCUGAUAUAUUUUCAAUUCUGACUCUCACAACUGCAUCAGAAGCUAUCAUAUCUGGUGUUCUGAAGUUCAUUGAGAACCUGCUCAUUCUUGAUAAUGAGUUGGAUGCUGAAGACGUUGCUAACCAAAGAGUUGUACAUCGACAUCUUGAGGCACUUGUCAGCAGUUUGCAUUGUCUUUUUCAGAGUGAUAAUGUAUCUAAGAGGAAAAUGGUCAGGUGUCCUGGGGAAACAGAAAUUACAAUUUUCAGAUUGUUAUCAAAGCACAUAAAGGAUUCAACCCUGGCAAAGAAAUUUGUUGAUAUCCUACUUCCAUUCUUAUCCAAGAAAGUUAUAGGUUCUGAUGUCAGUCUUGAAGCCAUGCAAGUUCUUCAGGAUAUCAUACCUGUUUCAGGGAGUGGUAGUACCAAACAAAUCCUUAAUGCAGUUUCUCCACUUCUUGUCACUGCUGAAAUGGACAUGCGGCUGUGUAUUUGUGAACUACUUGAAGUGCUCUCAAAAUCAGAUCCUUCUACACUUGUAGUGGCUAGACUUUUGGGUCGAUUAAAUAAAAUGUCUGCUGUGGAAAUGGGUGGACUUGAUUAUGACAUCAUCAUCAGUGCAUAUGAAGAUAUUGGAGUUGGAUUCUUUUAUACCAUCCAUGCGGAACAUGCAUUGCUAAUUUUGUCACAUUGUGUAUAUGACAUGUCAACAGAAGAAUUAAUGUUGAGGCACAGUGCUUAUAGGUCAUUACUUUCUUUUGUUGAAUUUUCUGCCCAAAUUCUUAGGCAAGAAGCUACUUGUCACCAUGAAACAGCUGAAGGGGCAAUGGAAGUUGAUGAAAGUUAUUGGACAGCAGCAUGUGUGAAUCGCAUAAUAAACAAGUUCCUGUUGAAACAUAUGGGUGAUGCAAUGAGCCUUGGAAGAUCUGUUAAGAAGGAAUGGAUUGAUUUACUACGGGAAAUGGUGAUGAAGCUUCCAGAAGUAGCAAAUCUUACUUCCAUCAGAGCUCUCUGCUCUCAAGAUGCUGAAAUAGAUUUUUUCAACAAUAUCAUUCACUUGCAGAAACAUAGAAGAGCUAAGGCUUUGUCACGCUUCAGGAAUGUUGUUAGUAAAAGCAACUUGUCAGGGGUGAUUAUAAGCAAAGUGUUCAUUCCACUGUUUUUCAAUAUGUUGUUUGACAUACAUCAUGGAAAAGAUGAACAUAUCAGAACGGCAUGUGUGCAAGCCCUUUCUUCAGUUUCUGCUCACAUGGAAUGGAAGCCAUAUUAUGCAUUAUUGAUUCGAUGCUUUCGUGAGAUGAGGAUGAAUCCAGACAAGGAAAAGAUUCUGCUGCGGCUAAUUUGCGCAAUUUUGGACCAAUUUCACUUCUCACAAAUUUGUGCUGGUCAAGGGGCUAGUAUUUCUUCAAUUCCACAAAAAUGUGAUAGCUCUAUUAUAGAUCCUGAGAUACAGACAUGCCUUCAUAAAACUGUGCUCCCAAAGAUACAGAAGUUGUUGAAUUCAGAUUCUGAUAAGGUAAAUGUUAAUGUCAGUCUUGUGGCACUCAAAGUACUGAAGUUGCUUCCUGAAGGGAUAAUGGACUCGCAGCUACCAACCAUUGUUCAUCGUAUAUCAAACUUUCUGAAGAGUCGUGUAGAAAGUACUCGUGAUGAAGCUAGGACUGCACUGGCUGAUUGUUUGAAGGAGCUUGGACUCGAAUAUCUGCUGUUUAUUGUUCAGGUUUUGCGUGCAACCCUGAAGCGGGGAUUUGAGCUGCAUGUUCUUGGAUACACACUUAAUUUUCUUUUAUCCAAGACUCUUCCAAAUGCCAUUAGUGGGAAGUUAGACUAUUGUUUGGAAGAUCUCCUUUGUGUGGUGGAGAAUGACAUUCUUGGGGAUGUUUCUGAGGAGAAAGAGGUGGAGAAGAUUGCGUCUAAAAUGAAAGAAACUAGGAAGUGCAGAUCUUUUGAAACUUUGAAAAUGAUAUCACAAGGCAUAACCUUCAAAACUCAUGCUUUGAAGCUACUAAAUCCUGUUACCACUCAUUUGCAAAAGCAUCUGACACCAAAAGUGAAAACAAAAUUGGAGAGCAUGUUAAAUCAUAUUGGACUUGGUAUUGAAUGCAAUACAUCUGUAGAUCAGACUGAUCUCCUCAUCUUUGUGUAUGGUCUCAUAGAAGAUGGGAUUAAUGAAGAAAAUGGUUAUCGAACUGAUGCUAGUGAGAAACCUGUUUCUUCAGGUGCUAAAUCUGUAAGUUCACAUCUUCUUACAGUCUUUGCUCUUGGGGUUUUGCAAAAUAGAAUGAAAAACAUGAAAUUGGACAAGAAUGAUGAACAACUUCUAUCAAUGUUGGAUCCAUUUGUGAAGCUGCUUGGUAGCUGCUUGAGUUCCAAGUAUGAAGAUAUUUUAUCUACAUCCCUUAGAUGUCUUACUCAAAUGGUAAGGUUGCCACUGCCAUCCCUUGAAUCACAGGCUGAUAAGUUGAAGUUGACGCUAUUGGAUAUUGCCCAAGGUUCUGUAAAUCCUUCCAAUCCUCUAGUGCAGUCAUGUCUGAAAUUGUUAACCGUGCUUUUAUGCAGCACCAAAAUUACCCUCUCCUCAGAUCAGUUACAUCUAUUGAUCCAAUUCCCAAUGUUUGUGGAUCUUGAAAGGAAUCCAUCUUUUGUUGCCCUUUCGCUUCUAAAGGCAAUUAUCAAUCGCAAGCUAGUUGUUCAUGAGAUCUAUGAUGUAGUACUUCGAGUAGCAGAGUUGAUGGUAACAAGUCAAGUGGAAUCAAUUCGCAAGAAAUGCAGUCAGAUUCUGUUGCAAUUCUUGCUUGAUUAUCGUCUUUCAGAAAAACGUUUGCAGCAACAUCUGGAUUUUCUUCUAGCUAAUCUAAGGUAUGAGCAUCCAACUGGGAGAGAAGCUGUGCUUGAAAUGCUCCAUGCAAUUAUAAUAAAAUUUCCAAAAAGCAUUGUGGAUGAGCAAUCACGGACAUUAUUUGUCCAUUUGGUUGUUUGCCUGGCUAAUGAUCAGGAUAAUAAAGUCCGCUCUAUGACUGGUGAAGUUAUAAGAGUUCUUAUUGGCCAUAUUAGCCAGAACUCACUAAAUUCCAUUCUUGAGUAUAGUCUCUCUUGGUACUUGGGUGAGAAGCAGCAAUUAUGGAGUGCAGGUGCGCAGGUUCUGGGAUUAUUGGUUGAAGUCCUUAAGAAAGGCUUUCAAAGGCAUAUCAAUAGUGUAUUGUUGGUAACUAGAAGUAUUUUGCAGUCUGCUGUCAAUGUUUUUAAUGAUGGGCAACUUGGCCUUUGUGAAGCUACCAUUCCUUGCUGGAAAGAGGCAUACUAUUCUCUAGUUUUGUUGGAGAAGAUGCUACAUCAGUUCCCUGGUUUAACCAUAGAAAAGGAUCUAGAGGACAUAUGGGAAAUGAUUUGUGAGUUACUGUUGCACCCACAUACAUGGCUGCGAAAUGUAUCAAGUCGACUUGUUUUCUUGUACGUCACCACUGUGACUGAUGCUACUAAAGAAAAUCCCCGAAAGUCAUUUGGAGCAUUUUACCUUAUGAGGCCAAGCAGACUUUUUAUGAUAGCUGUUUCUCUCUGCUGCCAGCUGAAAGCACAGAUCAUUGAUGACACAGCCAGCAACCUGAUUAUAGAAAAUCUUGUGUCUGCAAUUUGUUGUAUCCAUUCUUUGAUGGGAGAGUGGGCAUCUGCAGGUCCUGCAAAGUUCUGGUCUACUCUUGAACAGCAUGAUCAAGGCCGCUUUCUUAAGGCUUUCCAGUUGCUUGACUCACGACAAGGAAAGGCAAUGUUUUUGUCCAUUACCUCUGGUUCACUUGACCAAAAUCUUACAGAUGACUCUGAAGAUGUCCGCCAUCUGCUUGUCUCCAAUUUGCUUAAAAAGAUGGGAAAGCUCGCUCUUGAAAUGGAGGCAGUUCAGAUGAGAAUUGUCUUUAAUAGUUUCCGAAAAAUUUCACUACAAAUCGGUCCAGAUGAUUGUGGCCAAUAUGCAUUGCAAAUGUUGAUACCUUUAUACAAAGUUUGUGAAGGAUUUUCUGGGAAAACUAUUGACGAUGAUCUAAAGCAAUUAUCACAAGAAGUUAGCGAAAGUAUACGAAAUACCAUAGGUAUCCAGGGUUUUGUACAGGCUUACAGCGAAAUCAGCAAAAGUCUCAAAACAAAGAGGGACAAAAGGAAACGUGAGGAAAAGGUCAUGGCUGUCGUGAACCCAAUGCGGAGUGCUAAAAGGAAACAGAGGAUUGCGGCAAAGCACCGUGCUAAUAAGAAAAGGAAAAUUAUGACAGUGAAAAUGCAAAGAUGGAUGCGGUAGGAACCCAAACAAUCCAAGAUGCUGUCAAGUAAAUGCCCCUGAUAUACGGCACGCUGUAUAUAGCUGCGAUAAUGAGCUAUCAGUUGUUGUAACCUUCAUUAUCUUUUAGGUCCAUAAUUUUUUUUUUUUUU